AUGAAGUUUGACGGGGAGAUCAAGAACUGGCUGGAGUGGUGGGCGCAGUUUAAGAAGAUAGAUGAAGAUGAAGAUUUACAUGUGACGGACAAGUUCCAUUAUUUAGUGCAGAGUAUGGUCAGCGGGUCAAAGGCCGCUGAUCUUAUCAGAAGCUAUCCGAAGACGGAUGCAAAUUAUCCGAAAGCUAUUGGAGCAUUGAAGGAAAGGUACGGGAAAGAAGACAUCCUUGUUGACCUAUAUACAAGAGAGCUAGCACAGUUUUUGUUCGAGAAAGAGAAGUUAUCAUUGGAGAAGUUUUAUGAUCGUCUUCAAACACAGCUGCAGGCGUUGGAGUCGUUGGGAGUGAAGUCUGAACGAGAUACAUUGUUUCUUCGCCCCAUUAUUGAGACCAGUCUACCUAAGGAAAUUUUUAAUGCCUGGUAUCGAUCUCCUUUGUACCAGGAAGAUGGUGCGAAAGUUAAUCCACCAAAGUCAAGACUCGACUAUUUAAUGCAGUUCCUCAGACAAGAAGUGGGACGAGAAGCAAAACUGAAGAUGUUUAUUGGAGGUGAUUCCUCUGGCAAGUCCAAGAAAGAAAAAUAUGAAAAUCAUGGAAAGAAGAAAGAUUCAAUCCCAACCGCAGCAGGAUUGUUAGUGGCGCAGAGCAGCAAUUGCGUGUUUUGCUCCAAAUCCAACCAUCCAAGUACCGAGUGUUAUCGAGCGGAUAGGAUGAGUUGGUCAGAGAAGAGUGACCUGAUAAGAAGCCAGAAUUUGUGUUAUCGGUGUUUGAAAUUUGGACAUCGUAAAUCAGACUGUAAAGUUAAGUUGAAAUGUUCAUCAUGUGGCGAGCCCCAUGCAAGGUCAAUGUGUGCAAGACUUCCGUCAAAUCAAAGGAACAAUACCGGAAGAGAAGAGGUACACAGUGAGGUCCCAGCGACAGCAGCAAAUGCCAACCAUUCUUGCAGCAAAGAUGUAUUAAUAAAGGCGUUGUUGGUGAAGAUGGCUGGUCCUAAAGGAACAAGAAUAGUGAGGUUGCUGUUCGACGAGGGAAGCCAGCAGAGCAGCGGUGGUCAGAGAACGAUCUCUGCAAUCGGUAGUCCUCUCGUGGGAGAAGAAUGGACUCGUAAUGUUCUGUUUGGUGGGGUUCUGACGGAGCCUAGGAAAAUUAAGAAAUUUAAAGUGCAAGUUCAAAGCCUUGAUGGGAGAUUCAAGAGAGACAUUAUUUUGAGGGAGUCCCCAACUAUUUGUGGAGACAUUCCAAGAAUUCCGGCCGGUCCGUGGAUGAAUGAGUUGAAGAAGAGGAAGAUAUUUUUGUCAGAUUUUGAGAUGAGCCAUGUGGACCACCCGGAUAUCGAUGGAGACUGUUUUUGGAUGGACCCUGAGUGGACCUGUCCCAGGAAAAGAAGUCAGCAUGGGAGUGAUGACGAUUCAUCACUCAUUAUUCAAUGCAGAAGCAUGUGUCCAGGAUUUAUGGAAGCUGGAGACAAUUGGAAUCACUGA